AACGCCAAUGCGAAGCUAAUUGAACUCCUGACGAUACGAAAUUGCGCGGAAGUGAUCAACUUGGCACUGUCCAGCGUUUGUAUGAGCAACCUCAUAUUUUCAUAAGUCUUUGUCUGCAACAGGAGAAAUGGAACGCUGGAACGGAAGAGUUGCCCUCGUUACAGGCGCCUCGGUCGGGAUAGGAGCGGCUGUUGCACGCGCGCUCGUUCAGCAUGGGAUGAAAGUGGUCGGAUGUGCCAGGAGUGUCGAUAAAGUGGAGAGGCUAGCUGCAGAGUGCCAGAGUGCGGGCUACCGUGGCACCCUGAUCCCUUAUAAGUGUGACCUGGCUAACGAGGAGGAGAUCCUGUCCAUGUUCUCCGCCAUCCGCAUGCUGCACCACGGGGUGGACGUGUGCAUCAACAACGCCGGCCUGGCGCACUGCGAACCGCUGCUCUGUGGCAGGACAGAGGCCUGGAGGAACAUGAUCGACGUGAAUGUGCUGGCUCUGUCCAUCUGCACACGGGAGGCAUUCAAGUCCAUGCAGGAGAGACAAAUCGACGAUGGACAUAUCAUCAACAUUAACAGCAUGGGUGGUCAUAAGAUGUUCCCCAGUGCAGACGAACAUUUCUACUGUGCCACCAAGUACGCAGUGACGGCGCUGACUGAGGGCUUACGGCAGGAGCUGCGGGAGGCCAAGACACACAUCCGCGCCACGUGUAUUUCCCCAGGCAUCGUGGAGACAGAGUUUGCUUUCCGCCACCACAACACAGACCCAGAGAAGGCUGCCGCAGCAUAUGAAAGUAUAAAGUGUUUGAAAGCUAAGGACAUAGCCAGUGCUGUCAUGUACGUACUCAGCGCUCCUCCACACGUUCAGAUAGCAGAUAUUCAGAUGUGGCCUCUGGAACAGGUGCUAUAGCAACAGGAUUGAAGGGAAAUAGCCCGACUGGUGGAGCGCAUGAUGAAGACGGCAGUCUCGGCCGCUGGUCCACAGUCCCACAGCGCCAUCUGCUGGACAACACCUAGUUUACAGCCUGAGGAGCACAGAAUGUCCAUCUGGCGGAAACAAAAACAAAACUUCAAGACUGUUUUCGUUUCUCAAAGGGGAUAUACCAUGAUGUGUGUGUCCCUGUCUGGAAGGUGUAGUAAUAUCCCUCCGGGUGUGGGGGAAUAAUUAAGGCUGUUGUCUACACGUUCAAGGUGUGUAGUUGUAAAUAGCCUUUCAUGAAAACAACUGUAACAAAAAAAGAGAGAUGCCAUCAAGUCAGGCAGCCGUAUACUGAGAUGCUGCUUGCGAGGGAUCUCUCUGUGGUCAUACAUUAUCACACAACACCUUUUUUGUUAAAAGGAAAGGACGAAGGCCAACAGUGACUUUCAUUCCGCUGUUCUUCGGUAGUAUUUCCUUUAUAGACAUAAUAGUGUCUGUGUAGUGGGAUGGAAGAUACUUGUUCAUUUGCCUUACACUCCAUGUCACCCCAAUGUACCUCCCUGUUGUAACUCAGGGAAAGGGUAUAAGCACCGUUCCACCACAUUUCACAUCCAUUCAUAUAGAAAAUAACACUAACACUCUACGAUCUGGCAGUUCUGAUACUGACUCAGUAUUAAAUGGAAGAAGGAUGUGCUGUUGCUCAGUCUUCAUUCCUGAUGUGAAAUGAAUCCUGAGCUAUGUGGUUGUCAUACACCUGAAGGCCCUCAUAAAAUGUGAAAUUCCAAUUCUGUUAA